CAUUCAUUCGCUCAAAUCAACCAGAACAAGAGGAAGGUUCCAGCAUUUUGCAGAGAUCAAAUUCUCCCAUCAAUGGCGUCGAAGGUUUCUCUUAGGAGCAAGGGUAAAAGCUCCAAGUCUUCAUCUAAGUCAUCUGAGGAGAAAUCCGCUACUCAAGCCUUCAAGGAGUGGACUACAUGGGCCGUAAAGAAAGCUAAGGUCGUCACCCACUACGGCUUUAUUCCUCUGGUCAUCAUCAUCGGCAUGAACUCCGAGCCUAAACCUCAGCUCUCCCAACUCCUCAGCCCCGUUUGAUUUGAUUACUUUCUUCCAUCAUGGAUCGGGUUUGUUUUAUAUGGAUGUUUUUGUUGGGGGCUAGUUAGCGUAUAAAUUUUAGGUAAGUUUGGGUAUAAUGUUCACAUGCUUGAACUACAGAAGACAUGUAAUAGUUUGAGGUGAAAGUUUUGAUCUAUUUUUUCUUUUUUAUUUCUUCUCAAAUAUCUGAUUUACUUCACCGGUAUGAAUCUUGGUACGCUUCGUUUUUUCUGAGUAUUGUCUGUUUAUUCAAAUAAUUGAACGGUUUUAGGGUUUAUUUCCGCUAUCUGAUCCGUGAUCCCUCAAGACUGAUAUGGGUUGUACUAUGAAAAGCCCCAUUUUGUAAUGCCUGUUUUUCCUUCCUCUUCUUUCAAGUUAAUAGGAAUUGAUCAAGGAUUUAGUCACCA